UAUGACCUGAAAUAAAGAAGUAAAAACUGAUCUCAGAUCAGCUUCAGCUGUGAGCCUGCUGCAGCUCUGCCAGCUCAAAUCUGUUUUGAGUGUCCUCACUGUUUGCGCAGAGCACACUGCCUGCACCCUGACCUCCGCUUCCACUGCACACAGGUCUGUCACACGCUGAUGCUGGAUCUCCAGUGGGAGUGGAAUGGAUAAUGGCCACGGCACACUGUAAUCGGUCACCAUCCUCCUCUCCUCAUGAUGACGUCAACUUGGGACCUUCAGCAAACCCACAUGCCAGACCCACUGACUUUGACUUUUUGGCUGUCAUUGGCAAGGGCACCUUUGGAAAGGUGCUGCUCGCCAAGCUCAAAGCCGACAACAAAUUCUACGCCGUCAAAGUGCUGCAGAAGAAAGUCAUCCUGAAGAAAAAAGAGCAAAAAAACAUAAUGGCGGAGAGAAACGUGCUAUUGAAGAGUCUGAAACAUCCGUUUCUGGUUCGGCUCCACUACUCCUUCCAGACCCCAGAGAAGCUCUACUUUGUCCUUGACUACGUGAAUGGGGGAGAGUUGUUCUUUCACCUGCAAAGAGAGAGGUGUUUUUCAGAGCCCAGAGCGAGGUUCUACACAGCCGAGGUAGCGAGUGCUAUCGGCUAUCUUCACUCUCUCAACAUUGUUUACAGAGACCUGAAGCCAGAGAAUAUUCUCUUAGACUCUCAGGGCCAUGUGGUGUUGACCGAUUUUGGGCUGUGCAAAGAAGGCGUAGAGCCAGAGGGAACCACCUCAACUUUCUGUGGUACUCCAGAAUACUUGGCACCAGAGGUUCUUCGUAAGGAAGCAUAUGACAGGACAGUGGACUGGUGGUGUCUGGGAGCAGUGCUCUAUGAGAUGAUCUACAGCCUGCCUCCUUUCUACAGCCGUGACGUCGGUGAAAUGUAUGAGGGGAUCCUCCAAAAGCCGCUGCCGCUCCCUCCUGGAAAGUCUGAGGCCGUCAGCGCUCUGCUGGUGGGUCUCCUGCAGAAGGACCAGCACAGACGCCUCGGGGCCAUCGCUGACUUUUUAGAAAUAAAGAACCACAUCUUUUUCUCUCCAAUCAACUGGGACGACCUUUACCACAAGAGAAUAACUCCUCCUUACAACCCCAAUGUGAGAGGCCCAGCUGACACUCAGCAUAUUGAUCCAGAGUUCACCAGGGAAAUGGUUCCUAACUCGGUGAGUCGGACCCCGGAGCUCAACGCCAGCACCAGCUCCAACAACGCCUUCAAUGGGUUCUCUUUUGUCGCCAAUGAGGACAGUUUUCUGUGAGGCAGGAGUUAACUAUUCAGAUGUCUGAACAGGGUGAGUGAGUGAUCACACCUCUUUUGAGUUAAGAGCUCAUAAACAUGAGAGCUCCUCAUGUACCAUUGCAGAAAUCUAUGUGUUUCAGUACAGCAGGGAUUUCCAAAUUGUUCCACUUGAGGGUGUGGCAGGAAGGGAGCAUGCCUGCAAUGGAGACAGUUAAGGUUAAAAUAUGUAAAAAUUUUGCCUGGACGUCCCAGGUCUGUUCUCGGAGAGAUAGCGAGGAACGACAUGAACGUGUUACCAAAUGUACAGAGUUCACAAGAAAUAGGAGCAUCUUUAAGGUGCAGUGAAAAUUAUCUUUAUUCCAUUUAUAUGCAAUGGAGUAAAGAGCAUGUGAGGGUGGAUUUAUUCAAAAUAUGUGUUUUAUAUUUCCUUUAUGCAAAGACAUCAUACUGUUUAAAAAUAAAAAAUAAAUACAAUAUUGUCUUCCUGUGUACAUCUAAACAUAGGGCUCUAUUUUCCUGAAAAAGUGUGUAAACACAAGCGUAAUCUCCAGGUGCAAACACAAAUUUUUGCAAUUCUGGUGACCACAGGAGCAACAGGAUGCAGUUUGUUGCAAUGUGGAAAACAGGCUGAAUACAUUUUUAGUUGCAGAAAUGCAGAAUCAUCUAAUGAAAUCCUUUUAUUCCUUUUAAGAGCAGCAGCAGGUGGAACAAAGAGAGAGGCUGAGGUCCAAAGUAAACCAAAUACAAAACAUAUUAAUAUACAUCAAUCUAAAUAUGUCAAUGGCAGAAUGAACAGAAGACUGAUGUUUAUCGGUGAAGCAGCUGCUCAAAUAUGGGUUCCACAAACUACAGUCUGAAGGUUGAGAUGAAGCCAUGCUUCACUGGUUCCACUCUGACGUCGCAGAGAGAACUCAGACUACUGUUGCUGAUGAUACUCAGUCAAGCCAUCUCCAUCUGCCACAGGGGUCUAUCCUUGGUCUUUUUGCUGUUUAUACACAUAUACUUUAUACAUAAUUAACUCUUAACUCUUAAUUCUUCCUAAUCAAUACUGCAGUUUCUGCCAGCUUAAACCACAAAAAUCACCCUGCAUCUGCAGAGGUGGUCUGAGCAGGUUUUAAUGCAAAAGCAAUGUUGUGCCAAAAUGAAAACCAAAAUUGUACUAAUGCCUCUGCUGCAGCCAUCUCAGUGUGAACAUGUUCAUUUGGUGCCAGGACAUUACCAAACCAGACUUAAAAAAUUAGACUUGCACCUGAGGAAAAUUCCCCCGACACUUGCUUUAAGCAUGCAGGAAGAUAGAGCCCUCAGUUUUCUCUGUCUCACUGAUCUUAUUUUAAUACAAAAUAGAUCUGAAUUCACACAAACAUAAUAACCUCUGGGUUGAGCAGUGCUUUGAAACAGGGGUUGACGUCAAGAAAACCCAAUGAAAAAGUUCACUUUUAGAAAAGUAGUCUCAACAAUGCCGUGUUUGCAUUUUUAUUUUCUUGCCUUUUUCAUUGGCUUUAUUGGAUAGUGACAGCUGAAGGGUAGACAGGAAAGAUGGGUAGAGAGAGAGGGGAUGACAUGCAGCAAAGGGCCGCAGGAUUCAAACCUGGGCCGCUGCAGCAACUCCGUAUAUGGAUCGCCAGCUCUACCGACUGAGCUAACCGGGUGCCCAUAUGGCCCCAGUACACAAUUAACAUUAGGCCUAUACGCUUUUGUCGCAUCGAUAUGAUAUGCUAAAGAAAAACUGAGAUGACUGGCAGCCUCUACUGGCUUUACACUGUUUUUACACUCUUCACAAUUUACAGGGAAACUGCAGCACUUCUGGCACAGAUGCAGAUGGAUUCCUGUGCAGCAUCAGUCUCGUAAACUUCACUGCGUAAUUGUCAUUAUAAAGUACAUUAAGUUCACUUUACUUACUACUUACUUGCUAAGUUUAAGUUUAAGCAGUGACAAAAGUGAUAAAAGAGAAUCACAUCAAAUCUAAUGUCUUUUUCUUCAAUAAAGACAAACAAAAAAAAACAAAGAUGAAAAAGAUAAAAAAUAAUAGUAACAGUAAUAUAUAACAUGGCUCACAACUCUGGUCUCAUUUGUUUAUGGUAAUUAUGCCAAAGUGUCUAAAUGCAUUUGUAGAUGAUGCACUGCUGUUAAAAGAUGCUCCAUGAAGCUGUUUGUUCUGUGGACUGUGGUUUUGUUUUCUGUGUUGUUAACUGGAAACGUGCUCCAAAUGUUUGUCUGAAGAUUAUUUUAGCCUGUAAAUAGCUGACAAUGAUAUUGAUUAGUUUUGUUUUAUGAUACAUGCUAAAAAAGUGAAUGUUAUAUUGGAAAUACUGUGUGUAACGACUGUAAAUAUACAGUUGCAGCUUUGCAAUAAGAGUACGUACUGUAAUGUGAUCAAUGUAAACCAUGAAGUGCCUCUCUGCCUUGGAAAUGAAGUUGAUGAUCUAUGGUGCUUGAGGUUGGCAGUGAUGAGUGAUAUACUUGUACAUCUGAUGUCCCUGCAUUUUAUUUUCAUUUUUUCAUUUAUAUAUAAUACUUGUCUUGUUGUACAUUCGAUAUUAAAGAAACUUCUCUUCCAGUUCCUGAACAUAGUAUGUUCCGAUUUUCCUCCUUAAAAAACGUCUGUUGCUUUUGUUCAAAGUUUUAAAUUCACAGGAUACUGUAUCAAAUGCUUUUACAUUACACCAAAUACACUAACAGGGAAAUUCUUCUACCUCUAAAUCAUUAAUAGGUAAUUCCUCUGGCAAGCUCUGACCCUCCUCGUUCACCAUUUGCUUUCUGAAACUGUAACCCUGCGUGUCGAGCUGUUAUUCCCUGACUGAUCCUGUAAACAGAGAGGUUGAUGUUAAAGACUGUCAGGUCACGCUGCCAGCAGCAGCAUCAUAGUGGGCUGAUACCAACCGAAGCAAAACAUUCUAGCCUGUGUGUGUGUACGUACAUAGAAACUGUGUUAAUAAAUCAAACAGCUGUCAAAACA